AUGGAACGAAUGAAACGGCAAGAAACUGAUGCCAUGGAUCAAAAUUCAAAUAAUAUUAAAAGACGAAAAUCUCUUCUUGAAGAUUUACCUCAUGAAAUAUUUUACGAUAUAUUUGAAUAUUUUGAUAUGUAUCAUAUUUACAAAGGAUUUUUCAAUCUUAAUAAACGAUUUAGAAAUUUAAUUACUUAUUCAAAUUUUUUUCAUAAAAUAAAUAUAUCAAUCAUGUCAAAAAAUGAUUUUGAAGGUUUUCAUGUUGAUAUUAUUAUACCAAAUAGACAUCGAAUUAUAUCACUUCGUUUGUCAAAUCCAUUUAUUCCUCAAAUUGUGUUUUCAUCAUCCCGUGUAAUUUCACAAUUCAUUCAUCUAGAACAAUUAGUUCUUAAUAAUAUAGAAAUGAAAUAUUUACGUAAAAUUCUUGAUUAUUUAACGCAUACAAUAUUACAAAAAUUGCAUUCAUUAAACAUUUCCAUUGAUGAUUCUAUUGAAUCUUUAGAUAUUCUUUUUACUGAUUUAUUCAAUUUAUCAACAUUAAAAUAUUGUGAAUUUAAAUAUGAAACUAAAACUUACGACGUUUCAUCAUUUCUUCAUGUUACUAAAUAUAAUUCUAGUUCAAUUGAAUAUUUGAUAAUAAAUGGUCGUUUUCCAUUCAAAUUAUUGAAUAAUUUAUUAUGUUGUCUUCCUAAACUUCACUAUUUAUCAAUUAAUUCUCUUGUUGACUCUUAUGGUUAUAUAGAAAGACAUAUAUUAUCCUCUAUUCUAUUAAAUGACUUAAAAUGUGUUUCUUUUAAAUUGGAUAAUAUUCGUUUUUUUGAAGUUGAAACAAUUUUCAAAGAUUUUUUUCAUUCUAUUCAAAUUUUACGUCUUACAACAAGUGAAUAUGAUGACUAUUUGAAUGCUGAACAAUGGGAAAAAUUAAUCGUAUCUUAUAUGCCGUGUUUACGUAUUUUUGAUAUAAAUCAUACAAAUCCAGUGAGAUGUGAUACUUCAAGAUAUCAUGCUUUGAUAAAUGGAUUUGAUUCGUUGUUUUGGAUUGAAAGAAAAUGGUUCUUUACAUAUCAAUAUGAUUGGUCAAAGCCUUAUGGAGAUCUACUUUUUUAUUCAACGAAUCCAUAUCGACGAAAGGAUUAUAAAUUUCUUUGGGAGAGAAAUCCAAAGGAAUGUUCGCAGGUUCAAGAAUCUAACUUAAAUUUAAUUCAACAUAUUUUGAUUUAUAGUUAUGAAAUAAAAAAUGUUUAUCUCAAUUAUUUUCCAAAUAUUACUCAAAUGACGAUAAAGUGUUGUCCUCGAACACCAAACGGUUCGAUUACAACAAUUCUUGAUUAUAUGAUUCCUCUGAAACAACUGAAGAAGUUGACUAUACAAUGUCAUGAUUUUUCUUUUGAAGAACUGAUUAAAUUAUUAAGUUUUGCACCGAAUCUAAAUACAUUAAAAUUGAAAUUAAUAUCUGUGAACGAAAAUGAUUUAAAGUUAAUUCAACAAACUGAAAAUUUUCAAUAUGUAUCAAAAACAAAUCAAAUAAAACAUUUAGAUCUUUUUCAAUUGUGUGAAUUCAAUCAAAUUGAAUUGAUUAUUAAUUUAUUUUCACAAUUAGAAUAUUUAAAAACUGGAAUAAAUUAUAAAGAAAUUCGACAAAUAAAAAGAUAUUUAUUAUCAAAAAUUAACAAUAAAACACGACAUUUAUUCUUCUUAUGUGUUUCAGGCGUACCAAAAAUAUGUUUAAAGGAAUUGAAUGUAUUAAUUAAAUCAGAAAAUUUACUUAAUGAUUACUGUAUUAGAUUUAUUAAUCGUGAUUUAUAUUUAUGGUGGUAA